AUGGCCGCUAACACUACCAUUCCCACUUGGAGCCUUGAGGGCAAGGUUGCCGUUGUCACCGGCUCAGGCCGUGGUAUCGGAAAGGAGAUGGCUCUCGAGCUUGCUCGUCGUGGCGCCAAAGUUGUCGUCAACUAUGCCAACAGUUCCGAAGCCGCCGAUGAGGUCGUCAAGGAGAUCCAGGCCAUGAAGACUGGUGCCGACGCCGUUGCUGUCAAGGCCAACGUCGCAAACACCAAGGAGACUGCCAUGCUCAUGGACGAGGUCAUUGCCCAUUUCGGCAAGCUCGACAUCUGCUGCUCCAACUCUGGUGUUGUCUCAUUCGGCCACUUCAAGGACGUCGAUGAGGAGGAGUAUGACCGUGUCAUGAGCAUCAACACCCGCGGCCAAUUUUUCGUUGCUAAGGAGGCCUACAAGCGAAUGGAAGUUGGAGGCCGAAUCAUCCUCAUGGGCUCCAUUACUGGUCAAGCCAAGGGGGUACCCAAGCACGCCGUCUACUCUGGCUCCAAGGGUGCCAUUGAGACCUUCACAAGGUGCAUGGCCAUCGAUGCCGGUGAGAAGAAGGUCACCGUCAACUGCGUCGCUCCUGGCGGCAUCAAGACCGACAUGUACCACGCAGUCUGCAGAGAGUACAUUCCCAAUGGUGACAAGCUCGACAACGACCAAGUCGAUGAGUACGCAGCUACCUGGUCACCACACAGCCGUGUUGGCCAGCCCAUCGACAUUGCCCGCGUCGUCGCCUUCCUUGCCUCCCAGGACGGCGACUGGGUCAACGGAAAGGUCAUCGGCAUUGAUGGCGCUGCUUGCAUGUAA